GAGAGAGAGGACAAUGGCUGAUGUCUAUCAUUCAUUUUUGGGACUGCUUGUGACUGUUUUGUACCUGCUAACAGGUGUCAGUGGAAACACUCUUCCUCUGUACUCCAUUGUGGGAGGUGAUGUCAGUCUGUCGUGUACCAAUGUGGUUUAUCCAAACUGUUCCUCAACUACAUGGAUCUAUAACAGAGAUGGAUAUACUGGUAUUAUUGAAGAAGUUGGUCAUGGGAGGGUGAAAAAGGAUGAACAGAACAACAGAGCAGACAGACUGAGUUUAGGGUCUGACUGUUCUCUACAUGUUAGUGAUGUCAGAGCUGAGGAUGAUGGAGUCUACACCUGUCAACAGUUCCUUACAGAGGGUGGAUCACAAUAUGGAGGUGAUGCUCCUGUUCAUCUGUCUGUUCUAACUGUGUCCUCGUCCUCACCAGUCACAGAUAUAAAACCUGAUAGACCAGUAACAUUAAGGUGCUCUCUGCACACCCUCAAUGGACCUGGCAGAUGUGACCCAGGCAUGAACCAAGAUGUUAGUCUGAGCUGGCAGAGGGUGGAUGAGGCAGAUACUGGGCUGAUUGAGGCAGGUACUAAUCUGCAGGGAGACUCCAGAUACCAGGUCACACAGCUGUCUCACUGUGACAUCACUCUGAAUAUGACACUCCAGAGGGAGGACAACAACAGGAAGUGGAGGUGUCAGCUGACUGGAAAAGUGGAAAUCUUCCUGGAUUUAACCUUUAAGUUCUCAGGUGUCAGUGGAAUCACUCAUCCUCUGUACUCCAUUGUUGGAGGUAAUGUCAGUCUGCCAUGUAACAAUGUGAUUUAUCAAAACUGCUCCUCAACUACAUGGAACUAUGGAUCUAUUGAAGAAGUUGGUCAUGGGAGGGUGAAAAAGGAAGAACAGAACAACAGAGCUGACAGACUGAGUUUAGGGUUUAACUGUUCUCUACAUGUUAGUGAUGUCAGAGCUGAGGAUGCUGGAGUCUACAUCUGUCAACAGUUCCUUACAGAGGGUGGAUCACAAUAUGGAGGUGAUGCUCCUGUUCAUCUGUCUGUUCUAACUAUGUCCUCGUCCUCACCAGUCACAGAUAUAAAACCUGAUAGACCAGUAACAUUAAGGUGCUCUCUGCACACCCUCAAUGGACCUGGCAGAUGUGCCCCAGGCAUGGACCAAGAUGUUAGUCUGAGCUGGCAGAGGGUGGAUGAGACAGAUACUGGGCUGAUUGAGGCAGGUACUAAUCUGCAGGGAGACUCCAGAUACCAGGUCACACAGCUGUCUCACUGUGACAUCACUCUGAAUAUGACACUCCAGAGGGAGGACAACAACAGGAAGUGGAGGUGUCAGCUGACUGGAAAAGUGGAAAUCUUCCUGGAUUUCACCUUUAAGUUCUCAGCUCCGCAUCCCCUCCCUGGUUCUCCACUAAACCAGACCCUCCUCCUAACUCUAUCUGUUGGAGCAGCUGUGUGUGUCGCUGCUGCUGUCAUCAUUGUACACAGAAGAAGAGCAAAUAAUCAAGUGCCAAAUGAUAACAGCAUUGGUCUGAAUGCAAUAAACCACUCCACCCCACCAACCAAUGAGGACAAGUGUCAACCUGCUGACAGUAUCACCUAUGCCUCCAUCCUCCACUUCAACCAAAAUCCGCCUCAGAGAGUUGAUGUCCAGGAUGAAGAUGCAGUGACCUAUUCCUCUGUUAUGCCCUCUUCUACCAGAGAGACAGAGAACCCUGCUGACCCCAGCUCUACUCCACAGCCAAGACAUCAACAUGAAGACUACACUCAGUCUUUCACAGCCUAAUCUCAGCACCCAGAACCAAAUAUCUUGUGAAUGCUGGCCAGCUACUCUAUUUGGUUCAGGAACAGUUGAUGGUCAUUAUGGCCAAACAGUUAUAUUUUUGUUUGAUCAGACCAGAGGACAUUUCUCCAAAAAGUACGAUCUU